CGCUCCACUACGCUACUCACCAAGUCUCUAGAUAGCAUACAGCCAGCUCAGCCUCUGCCGCCCGUCUAGAGUUGCUAGACGAGGCCAAGCGGCGAUGCCGACGGUACUUGGAGAACAGUACCAGAUUCACCUCAGCCUCACGUCCAAUUCCAGCCUGGGGAAGACAAUAUCGGCCUCGGCCUCGCACUCGUCCUCGACGUUCAAGGAGCCAGAAGCUGGGGCAGCUGGGGGCUUGCACUACGUCGACCUCUUCCAUACUACAGCAGCUACAGAGCUGCUCAAGGCGUCCUCCGUGUCAACAGCUGCUCAGAACUCCAGUGAAACAGCUCCACUGCCUGUGCGCUCCAAAAGCGCCCCUGCCUGGCAAGCCCUCGACCCAAGACUCGGCUCCCUCCGCAUCGACUGUUUGGACAAAGUCGAAGAGAUGUCCGCUUCAACGAGUCUCGAGGGAGCGCAAGCAGGCUCUUCGAGAUCAGUAGACUCUCCCCGCGUACCGAAUAGCGCUCCCUUGACGCCAAGCGCGACCUCAUCUAUCUGGAAGGCGCGUUUCAUCCAGAGCAGCUCCUUUCCCGUGGAGGGCGAAGGCGGGCAGACGACUGAAGUCCUCUUCGGUAUCGUACAUCUCUUUCGGGAAGGUCAAGGCAAAAUUGGGGGAGAAGGAGCACCACAGCCGGAUGUGGCUCUAGAUGAUGACUCCGGGACACUGCUAGCGGUUCUGGGACUGCCGAUACAGAUGACCGCUGCUGAGUUUCUGGGCUGGGUGGAGCCGGCGCGAGACAGUAUAGAGAAGAUUCGGAUGAUCAGGGAAGCAAAUGCGUCGCGGUGUACGGUCCUGAUGCAGUUCAGAGACGCUUCCGAUGCUGAAGAGUUCUACAAGCAGUACUGCGAUCAGACAGUUCCAUACUUUGCCUCGUCUGGGGACCAAGGCGGCUCUUCUCAAUCUUCUACAGCGCAGAUCGUCUAUGUGACACAAGUGACCGUCUCUACAUCUACUCAGCUUCCCUAUGCAUACCCUCAACUCGCCAAUUCAGAUCCCUGGCCCUUACCAGCAGUCUCCACAGGCCCCCGCGAAGGCGAAGUUGGUUCGUCUUCUGCGCCCGUCUCUACAACGACACCAGCCACCCGCUUGGCACUCUCACUCGCACAAGAGCUGCCGACGUGUCCGGUCUGUCUAGAGCGCAUGGACUCAUCCGUGACGGGGCUCAUGACGGUCAGCUGUCAGCAUACCUUCCACUGCGAGUGUCUCUCGAGGUGGGGUGACGCUCGGUGUCCAGUGUGCCGAUACAGCCAGAACAGAGCAACGUCAAGAAGCGCUUCGGUCUUUGGCAACUCCAGGCAUCGUCCUGGUGGAGCCGGAGCUGGAGCAGGAGUGGGCCGGGACGAAACAAAUGGCGAGGAGGAUGCAACCAAUUGCACCGUCUGCGGGACUACAGACGAUCUUUGGGUCUGUCUGAUAUGUGCAACGGUGGGAUGCGGACGCUACAAGAAAGGAUGCGCUAAGCAACACUUUGCCGAAUCUGGGCACAUCUACAGUCUAGAACUCGAAACGUCCAGAGUAUGGGACUAUGUCAAUGACGGCUACAUCCACCGUUUGAUCCAAAAUCGAGCCGACGGCAAGCUGGUCGAGCUUCCCACUUCCUCUCAGUCUACUCCCGUGCGUCGUCGGCACCAGCGUAGAGGCGUUUCUGCCGAGGCUGGUGGGUCUGGACAUCCCAGUAGAUCUGAGCGAAGAGGUCGGGCUGGACAAGACGAGGAAGGGGGUGCGUGGUCUGAGGAGGAGGGAGACGAAGAGCAAGACGACCCGAAGAAGUCGGGAGGAAAGCUGGGUUCCACCGACGAGAAGCUCGAAGCAAUCUCACUGGAGUAUCAGUACCUCCUCCUGUCUCAACUCGAGUCGCAACGCGCAUACUACGAGGAGCAAGUGCGUCGUCUGCAGACGGAGCUCGACGAAGUGCGCAGCGCCAUGGCGCUCGAGCAAACGUCUGCUCCUCUCCUCGCUGCUCAAGAGGCUCGCUUCGAAGAAGAGCGGCAGCGCUGGCUCACUGAACGGUCCAAGCUCGACGAAACUCACACCCGUCUGGCUUCACGAUGCGAAAAGGCCCUCGAGGCAGGCUCAAAGCUCUCCUCUGAAUUACGCUCAGAGCGUUCCCUCGGUCGUGGUUUAAUGGAGCGUCUGGAGGCUCAGCAGGUGGAGAUGGAUCGGAGGAAAAUCGAGGGAGAGGAAUUGAAGCGGGUGGUGCAGGAUCAGGGGGAACAACUGAGGGAUCUCAUGUUUGCCCUUUCUGCCACGGAGCGAAUCCGUGAGGCUGGUGGAGAGGCGCAAGGAGGGGAUCUUAUCGUAAGAGGUGGCAAGCAAGCAGUGCAACCUGCCAGAGCAAUGGAAGAGGGUACGGUGACGACGCAGAGUGCAAAGCAGCACAAGAAGAACAAGGCGAAGAAGAAAAAGGGCAAGGCAAAGGCUACUAGCUCAGCAUCUGGUGCGCUAGAGGCCGAAGUGGAAGACGUUGAAGAGGAAGUAGAGGACGUCGGGGGAAGUGUCCCUGUCCCUCUGACUCCUGAGGACGACACUACUCAAACAGACGACACGCAAUCCACUUAGAUUAGAUGGCCUACUGCAUGCAUCUACCUGCUUCACAUCUCCUCCCUCUGCUGGUGCUUUUCAUCCGACAUGUACAUAGAUCAACGCUAGCAACUGGAUCGUAUAAAUUCGGAUUCUUUGCACAGAUGGGA